CUAGUCAGUUAGCUCUGGGCUUCACAGAAACUGUGUGAUGAGUGGGAAAUCAGCUAAGAUAAAGAGUAGGCAAUGAUGGAACAUGACCAUGCUCCUUUAUGGUCUCUGGAAUGCUGCAGCAUGUUUGGAUAGUGAUGGAUGCAUUAAUUCUGGCAUGGAGCUGGGCUGUGCAUCUUUCUUCAGAGAAGAAGAUGUUGUCAAUUGGCACCAAAGUGCUUAUUGAGGAAUUUCAUCUACAGUAUAAAGAGAUAGUUUCAACAUAUUUUGUCUGGAAGGAUGAUUAACAACUGGAGUGGUCAUGUGAGGAACUGCAUCUUUAAAAGGGAUGGCAACAUAUGUGUUUGAUAAGGAUCAAAUUUAUGGUCUCCAGAUCCACAAAGGUCUCAUUGUGACCUGCUUCUCCUUUGCUAAACAGUAGUUCACUCAAAUAGUACCACUACCUGUCACAAGAAGAACAGGAAGCAAAACACAGUGGUUAGCAGCCAAAAGGAGCCAAACACUGAUUUUUAACUGGCUUCAGAUAGCUCCAAGAACUUGACUAACAAGGCAAAAGAUGACUCUAAAAGUCUGUCCAAGCCUUUUGCUCUUAUUCUUAGCUCAUUCUGUGUGGACUCGAACUGUGAGACAAGUUUAUGAUGACCUGGAUCCUGAACAUUGGUCUCACUACACUUCUGAGUGUCCACAAGAAUGUUUUUGUCCUCCUAGUUUCCCCAAUGCAUUAUACUGUGAUAACAAAGGUCUUAAAGAAAUACCUGCAAUCCCAGCAAGAAUUUGGUACCUCUAUCUUCAAAACAACCUAAUUGAAACAAUUUCAGAUAAGCCUUUUGUGAAUGCCACUCAUCUGAGGUGGAUAAAUCUGAAUAAGAAUAAAAUUACCAACAGUGGAAUUGAGAGUGGUGUGCUGAGCAAGCUGAAAAGGUUGCUUUACUUGUUCCUUGAAGAUAAUGAAUUGGAAGAGGUGCCUGCUCCAUUACCAGUGGGCUUGGAACAGCUAAGGCUGGCUAGAAACAAAAUCUCCAGAAUCCCAGAAGGAGUCUUCAGCAACUUGGAAAACCUCACUAUGUUAGAUCUGCACCAGAACAAUUUGUUGGACAGCGCUCUUCAAAGUGACACCUUCCAAGGACUCAACAGUCUUAUGCAACUCAACAUAGCAAAAAAUUCCCUUAAAAAGAUGCCUUUAAGCAUUCCAGCUAACACACUGCAGCUGUUUUUAGACAACAACUCCAUUGAAGUGAUACCAGAAAACUACUUCAGUGCAAUACCCAAAGUGACGUUCCUUAGGCUGAACUAUAAUAAGUUAUCUGACGAUGGUAUUCCCCCAAAUGGGUUUAAUGUUUCAUCUAUUCUAGACUUACAGCUGUCUCAUAACCAGCUCACUAAAAUUCCACCUAUCAAUGCUCGUCUUGAGCACCUUCACCUUGAUCACAACAGAAUCAAAAGUGUCAAUGGUACUCAGAUAUGCCCAGUCUCAAUUACUGUACCAGAAGACUAUGGUUUUUAUGGUAACAUUCCUCGCCUCCGCUAUCUACGCUUGGAUGGAAAUGAAAUUCAGCCUCCAAUUCCAUUGGACAUCAUGAUAUGUUUCCGACUACUGCAGGCUGUUGUCAUAUAAACGUAUUUCAGUGUCAGUCUUGUGCUGUGAGAUCUCUAAGAUACAAGUUUUGCUGGAAUGAAACUUGUUCCAACUCAUAAAUCAAGAAAUAAGAGUUUUAUUUUGACUUUAAUUUGUUCUUUGCUUGCAUCUUUUCUACAGCUGAAAAGAUUGUUCUUCUUUUAGAAGAGAUUUUGGAUCUACAUAAGACAUGCUUAAUACUUUACCUAAGAAUUCCUAAUGCAAAUAUGUUGAAAAACAUCUAUAGUACUAUUCAAAAUAUUCCAAAAAGAAUUCUUACCUACUCUAUCUCUCUUGUCAAAACCUGUGAUAUCUAACCUAUUAACAUCAUUGGUAUAGACAAAUUAUAUCUCCAUGUAGUUGUUACCUAGUAACUAGCAUGAAGAAUGUGGAUGCACUUGGCUAAAUAUAUGAUAGAAAAAUCAUGUUUUACAUGAACACUAUCUAUCAAAACUGUCAGUCUUUAGGAUAGUCACUGUCUAACAAUGAACAGCUACUUACCAUGUAAAUAAUUCAUAAAUUGUUGUCAUCCCUUGAAGAUGGGAAGACUGAUAUUGGUAUUUUAAGACAUGAAAUGUGUGAGAUUUAGGCCCCAAAACAAUAUACCAAAUAUAUAUUGAUAUAUGACUUAUUCAGUGUGUGAUUUCAAAAUUGAAAUACACUUAUCCAGCUCAAAUCCUUACAAGGGUAUAUGACAUGAAAUCUUACUCUAUCAAAGUGACAAUUUUGUGCUGUUUCUUUCUUCAGUAUUCCAUUUCUAAUGUUGACAUAAUUUCUUUCUUCAGUUUUAGGACUGUCAUUGAGUAUUUGGUUUAUAUUUUGUUUCCCUAGAGAUAAAACCAAGUAAAGUAAUGAUUCCCUAUCACAGAGUAGGUGCUUCACAGAAAUUAGAAUGUCAAGUUAAUAUAACAGUAAUAAAUAUAAAAUUAGGAAAUUAAGAGAAAACAUUCCCUUGAAUUGCAACUUUCAGAGUCUUUUUUUUUUCCCCCCCAAAAAAAAGCCUUUCAGAGGCCUCAGGCCUUAUUCUCCUCCAGUGCACUUCUGUAUAUAAUUCAGUAUAGAAACCCAACAUAGAAAUAAUCUCUUUUUCUGAAAUCCUAUUAUGAAAACCUUUAUUAUUGCAGUUCAUUUUAUGUGAUUUCUGGGAAACUUCUGCCAUUUUAGCAAAAUAUUUUCUGUUCCUCUAUGUUCAAUCUAUAUGAAAAAAUACAGAAGAUUUAAAAAGUCUCUACAGUAUAUAUGCAUGUUUACCUAUGUUCUUUAAUUUAGUAAUAACAUAGUAAUUUAUUUUUUGAAAAGAAAAUUUUGUGUGACAGUGUUACUAAUUAAAUUAUAACAAUCA